GUAGUUGGAGGUUUUGGUCUAAAUACUGGAACUCAAGCCUUGCCGUUAAGGCCAAGGUGCCUUGGAAAGCUGAGUUUUCCAGCAGAGUUUGGAAAGUCUCGGCAUGUGGGACCUACUUUGCCAGGGCCUAGUUUCCGCGGCUCAGCGGGUGCUCAGCCUAUUGGAAGUAGCUGAACUGGAGCUCCGUGUGGGAAGUGAGUUGAAUCACCCCGGCUACCCGAGGCCGGGUGGCGACGCCCUUUCCGCCGGAAGUGGGUGUCAGAACCUCCACGUGCUGUCCCUCCCCCUCCCGGUCCCGUAGCGGCGGCUCAGCUGCUGCCAUGGAGCCCGCCGGCCUGGAGCAGCUCCUACGCGAGCUGCUGCUGCCGGACACCGAACGCAUACGCCGGGCUACCGAGCAGCUCCAGAUCGCUCUUCGGGAUCCUGUUGCCUUACGGGCGCUCUGCGACCUGCUGGCCUCGGCGGCCGACCCUCAGAUCCGCCAGUUCGCAGCGGUGCUGACCCGCAGACUACUGAACACCCGCUGGCGACGGCUGGCGGCUGAGCAACGCGAAAGCCUCAAGUCUGGGAUCCUGACGGCUCUGCAGAGAGAGACAGAGCACUGUGUGAGCCUUAGCCUGGCCCAACUGUCAGCCACUAUUUUUCGAAAGGAAGGCCUGAAUGCCUGGCCUCAGCUCAUGCGGCUUCUUCAGCACAGUACCCACAGCCCCCACAGCUCUGAGAGAGAGAUGGGGCUUAUGCUGCUGAGUGUAGUGGUAACCUCUCAGCCCCAAGCCUUCCAACCCCACCAUCGGGAACUGCUUCGGCUUCUGAGUGAAACUCUUGGUGAGGUGGGCUCUCCUGGGCUGCUCUUCUACUCCCUACGUACUCUGACCGCCAUGGCCCCCUACUUCAGCACUGAAGACAUGCCUCUCGCUCGGAUUUUGGUGCCCAAGCUUAUCAUGGCAGUGCAGACGCUGAUCCCUGUAGAUGAGGCAAAGGCCUGUGAGGCCCUGGAGGCCCUGGAUGAACUGUUGGAGUCAGAAUUACCCAUCAUCACCCCCCACCUCUCUGAGGUCCUCACAUUCUGCCUGGAGGUUGCUAGAAACGUGGCCCUGGGCAAUGCAAUACGUGUGCGUAUUCUCUGCUGCCUCACUUUUUUGGUCAAAAUCAAGAGCAAGGCCUUACUGAAGAAUCGUCUCCUGCCAUCCUUGUUGCACACCCUUUUCCCCAUAAUGGCUUCUGAGCCCCCUCUGGGCCAGUUGGAUCCUGAGGACCAGGAUUCUGAAGAGGAAGAGUUGGAGAUUGGGCUGAUAGGGGAGACUCCCAAGCACUUUGCUGUACAGGUUGUGGACAUGCUGGCACUACACUUGCCUCCUGAGAAGCUCUGUCCCCAGCUGAUGCCCAUGCUGGAAGAGGCCUUGAAGAGCGAGAGCCCAUACCAGCGAAAGGCUGGAUUCCUGGUGCUGGCUGUGCUGUCUGAUGGAGCUGGUGACCACAUCAGACAGAGACUCUUGCCCUCACUGCUGCAGAUUGUAUGCAAAGGCCUGGAGGACCCCUCACAAGUUGUGCGGAAUGCUGCACUUUUUGCCCUGGGCCAGUUCUCAGAGAACCUGCAGCCCCAUAUCAGCAACUAUUCAGGGGAGGUGAUGCCACUGCUCAUUGCCUACCUGAAGUCAGUGCCUCCUGGACACACACACCACCUAGCUAAGGCCUGCUAUGCCCUGGAGAAUUUUGUGGAGAACCUAGGGCCUAAAGUGCACCCUUACCUUCCGGAGCUUAUGGAGUGUAUGCUACAGCCUCUGAGGAGCCCCAGCAGCCCUCGGGCCAAGGAGCUGGCUGUGAGCUCCCUUGGUGCUAUUGCUACCGCUGCCCAGGCAUCCCUGCUUCCCUACUUCCCCACCAUCAUGGAGCACCUGCGGGAAUUCUUAUUGACAAGCCUUGAGGUCCUUCAGCCUGUACGGAUCCAGAGCGUGGAGACACUAGGGGUGCUGGCACGAGCAGUCGGGGAGCCCAUGAGGCCCCUGGCUGAGGAAUGCUGCCAGCUGGGGCUGAGCCUCUGUGACCAGGUAGACGACCCUGACUUGCGGCGCUGCACGUACAGCCUGUUUGCAGCCUUAUCAGGGCUAAUGGGUGAGGGCCUGGCACCCUACCUACCACAAAUCACCACACUCAUGCUGCUGUCACUGCGUUCCACCGAAGGCAUUGUGCCUCAGUAUGAUGGAAGCAGCUCCUUUCUUCUGUUUGACGAUGAGAGUGAUGGGGAAGAAGAAGAGCUUAUGGAUGGGGACGUGGAAGAGGAGGAUGACUCUGAGAUCUCAGGGUACAGCGUGGAGAAUGCCUUCUUUGAUGAGAAGGAAGAUACCUGUUCUGCUUUGGGGGAGAUCUCUGUGAACACAAGUGUGGCCUUCCUUCCAUAUAUGGAAAGUGUCUUUGAAGAAGUAUUCAAAUUGCUGGAGUGCCCUCAUGUAAAUGUGCGGAAAGCAGCCCAUGAGGCUCUGGGUCAGUUCUGCUGUGCAUUGCAGAAGGCCUGUCAGAGUUGUCCCUCAGAAGCCAACGCUACUGCUCUACAGGCUGCCCUGGCCCGGGUGGUACCAUCCUAUAUGCAGACAGUGAAUGGGGAACAGGAACGUCAGGUGGUAAUGGCUGUGCUCGAGGCCCUGACAGGAGUGCUUCGCAGCUGUGGGACCCUCACACUGCAGCCCCCUGGACGCCUUGCUGAACUCUGCAGCAUGCUCAAGGCUGUGCUACAGAGGAAGACACCCUGUCAGGACACUGACGAGGAGGAUGAGGAUGAGGAUGAUCAGGCUGAAUACGAUGCUAUGUUGCUAGAGCAUGCUGGAGAGGCUAUCCCUGCCCUGGCAGCUGCGGCUGGGGGAGAUGCCUUUGCCCCCUUCUUUGCUGGUUUCUUACCAUUAUUGCUAUGCAAGACCAAACAGAGCUGCACAGUGGCAGAGAAGUCCUUUGCGGUGGGGACCUUGGCAGAGUCCAUUCAGGGCCUGGGUGCUGCCUCAGCCCAGUUUGUGUCUCGACUGCUCCCUGUGUUGUUGAGCACCUCCCGGGAGGCAGACCCUGAGGUGCGGAGCAAUGCCAUCUUUGGGCUGGGUGUGCUGGCAGAACAUGGGGGCCACCCUGCCCAGGAACACUUCCCCAAGCUGCUAGGGCUUCUUUUGCCCCUCCUGGCACGGGAGCGACAUGAUCGUGUUCGUGACAACAUCUGUGGGGCACUUGCCCGCCUGCUGAUGGCAAGUCCCAUGAAGAAACCAGAGCCCCAGGUGCUGGCUGCUCUGCUGCAUGCCCUGCCACUGAAGGAGGACUUGGAGGAGUGGGUCACCAUAGGGCAUCUCUUCAGCUUCCUAUACCAGAACAGCCCUGAUCAGGUUGUAGAUGUGGCUCCUGAGCUUUUGCGCAUCUGUAGCUUCAUUCUGGCUGAGGACAAGAUACCAGCAGACGCCAAGGCUGCACUGCUGCUGCUCCUGACAUUCCUGGCCAAACAGCACACUGACAGCUUCCACACAGCACUGGGCUCCCUGCCUGUUGACAAGGCUCAGGAGCUCCAAGCUGUACUGGGCCCCACCUAGACUGCAGGCUGCAGCUGGGCCGGACAGAACAGAGCCUGCCCAGGCUCUAAGACCACCUCUCAGCCCAAUUCCAGCUUGUGCCUUACCAAAGACUCUGGGCCUCAUACCCAUUUUGAGUCAUCCCUGCUUGCUAUCUUUCAGGGGUAUCCCUGGGGUAGGAUCUGUUACAAAUGGAGUCAUGACAUCGUACUGUAAUAAAGGCAGUUUGCUUUCUGCUUGAACA